UGAGAGCACGAGCUCGCGAUCCUCAGUCGCGUGUGACACGCGGCCUUAGGUAGUCGUGCCGCUCUUCAAUCGUCUCGUUUUCGUGAUCGCGAUCGCCGUAGAUCCCUUCCCUCGACGUGUAAUAUCCGUGGGAACAUCUCGAAUAGUUUCGAGCUUUGUUUAUUUUCGUGCUUCUUUUCUUCUUUUUUUUAAGAAGAUUGUAGAAUUGUUGAUAUUUCUUUUGAGUAAUACUUGGAAGAUUGUUCGGGAUUAUAAUAUCUCGAACGUUCUCGAAUUUGUUCUUAGAUUCGGUGGUUUUGAAAUUCUUUUAUUGGUGAAAUUUUCUUUGAUUCUGCGAAUUUUGUAUCUACGUAGUUUUAAAGAUUCGAGUGAAAAUUAAUAUUUCUAUAAGAGAAUAGAGAUCGGCAGUGUUAAAUUUCAUCUCGAAGUUUGAAUUUUCAAGGAUGGAAAUCUAAAGUAUUUGAAUGUAAGGAGUUUGUCGUGAGAAACCUGUGACCGAAGUGCAAAGUUUCCUGGAUCUUAAAGACAUUUGAAUAUUGACUUGGAACCGUGAAGAUUUCGCUUCUAAAAUCGGCCAGUGAUCGUAGACGAUUCGAAAUAGAACCGCAGUUUAAUCCGAUGAAAAAUUUACAUAAGUUUGUCCCCACGAAUUUUCAAGACUUCUAAUCGCCGAAAAUAGGAUCUAUAAUUUGGCAAACAACGUACGAUUUAUCGUUUUAACUCGAAAUUCGAUAUCAAAAGCGUGGUAAAACUCGGAAUCUCGGAAAAUUUAAAUCCGAAACCUUUGAUCGCUGCGAUCGAUAGUCUGUUCACGGUGUUUAAUUUGAAUAGAUACCGAUCUAUUUAAAUUAAAGUUGCAAUCAAAUACGUAAAUAACUUUUGAAACUUGAUUUUGUCAAUUUUACUUAAAUCUCGAAAAAUUUUCUCAUUCAAAUAUCUAUUUAAAUUAAUAUUUAAAAUUUCCAAUUAAUUAUAUAUUAAUAAAAUUUUAAAACGUCAAUAAAUCCUUCUAAAAAUUCUUCUACGUUUCAAGAAUCCAUCACGGAGAAUCUACUGCCUAAAACUACAAUUCGUUGCCCAAGUUUUACCGCCUCGACAAACUUUUCCAUUAACAAGACGCGAGAAGAGAGACGAGAACAAAGAGCGGCGUCCGUGAGAAAAGUGUUGCAAAUCCUCUGAUACGCCGCUUCCGUUAUACCGCUUGUUUCGUAGGAAAAGUCAUUAUCAACAGUUUCGAUCGCAACACGUUUGACCCUUCUCCCCCAUUAGAAAUCGAUAUCGAGGAUUAUAAAUCCCCGCCGAAUAUGAAUAUUUCAUGGGAGCCGUGGUAGAGAAAAAAGGCGGUAUCCUCUCCAAGGAUUUAUAACGAUGCGUGUGAAUGGAAUCGUUUCGAGACGUUUGACGAGAGUACCUGGUGGAACAGGAAGCGGAGGAUGCAGGUACGUUCGGAACGGGUGGAAAGCGUAAUCUAGAUGUUUGACAAGUGAUAGUAUACGUGCGUGGGAGCGGUAUGUUGAUUCUUCUCUCUUUUUGUAGUAGAGAGAGAGAGGGAGAGAAUUCGUUGAAAUUUUGAAAUACUUUGAUAAGAGAAUUUUGUACAUAGAGACUCGAAUUGGUUAAUGAUAAUCGAGUUAUGGCGGUAAAUAAAGAUUAAAUAUUCGAAGAGGAUAAGAAAAAGGUGACAACAAUUGUUAAAGUGGAGGAUGAGGAAGAAAUAUACCGAAAGAGGAUGGAUUUUGAAUACAUGAUAAAAGAUUAACAGUGAUGUAUAUAUCUUAUUUAAGAUGUUAAAUAAGGAUUAAAAGGAGAUUGAAUAAAGACUGAAAUUGAAGAAUCACGACAAUAAUAAAUGACUCUCUUGUUGUUGAAAUAUAGAACUGAGAGUAUCUCGUAUUUAAAACUCUUCGAAACUCUUUCGAAACGAGUGUACAAGUUGGAGCAGAGGGAAGAAUUCCCCUCAUCGAAAAUUCUGAAUCCAGUGAGGGAGAGGGUGAUCGAUGGGGAGGUAAAGAUACGACGAUAAAUCUUUUGAUCCAGGUGAAACAGAGGACAACGGAAGUGGAGGACGCGUACAAGAGGAGUUACAUUCGAGACUGGAAUGGAAACUGCAAUCUGGACGUUUGAUAAACGACAGAGCUAGCGACUCGUUUCCACGGAAACGACUUUUGCCUGCACUUCAAAAAAGAAAUCAAGAGAAAGCUCGUCGAACAGAAAAGAAGACUAAAAUUCAAAAACAUCCUUCCAUCCUAAAUAUUCCAAACCGAAACGGAUACAAUCAAGUCAAAUCUUAGAGAUAAGAUCCUGGAAACGGCAUUCGAACUAACGAAGUGAGAAAGAAGAAAAAAAAGGGGAAAGGAGAUCGAAGCUUUUUUCUAGAUAUUCCACUAAGAUUUCUCUCGAAUCUUUAAUCGAGGAAGAAGUCGUGGAAGAAAUCCCUCCGCUCCUCGAACGGACAAUAAUAUUCGUUAUCGAGCGUGUCUCUGUCACGUUUCGAUCGUGGUUCGAACCGGUGGUGAACGACGAAGCGUGACCAGGUGCCGGAAGUUCUCUCCAUCGUCACUUUCGCCGGCCAACUAUCUCGCGGAACACGACACGCGAAUCCGUGAUGGAAAUAAUAUUUGGGAUUUGGUGGCAAUCUGUGCCGUUUCUUUGACGGAAUUUACCUUGCUUGUUGGGAGGAGGAAGUGGAGGAUGUUCGAGAAGUGACAAAUAUAUAUCGCGUAUAUAUAUAUAUAUAUACAUUUUGGGUGAUCUCGUUUGGUUUUUCUAGGUUAAAAGGUGAAAGAAGAGGCAGAAAGAAUCAUGAGGGAUAAAUUUGCAUUCAGCUCGGGGGUGCCGGACAUGCACGAGACCCUGUCCAGUUUUUCGGAACAGUUCAGGGACGGGCCGACGAAGCCGGAAAUAAAGCCGGAAGCAGGUAAGGAGACGGAGAGGACGGUGGAGCCGAAGUGCGGUUGGUUCUGGUUCAGACCCAAAUAUUUGCAACGAUUUCGAACCGCGAAAUGGGCGCUCUUCUGGUUAUGCUGGACAGGUGCGAUGCAAGGGAUGGUGGUGAACGGUUUCGUGAACGUGGUCAUAACCACGAUAGAGAGGAGAUUCGGUUUGAGGUCGUCUCAGACGGGGUUGAUAGCGGGCGGAUACGACAUAGCCAGCUUCCUUACCCUCGUCCCAGUCAGCUUCCUAGGAGGACGCUCGAAAGCGUCGAAACCGAGGUACAUAGGAAUAGGUGUUCUAGUCUUAGGCUUAGGAAGUCUGCUGUUCGCAUCCCCUCAUUACAUUGCUGGACCAUACAGGGGUGGGCAACAGUCGGAAAAUAUUUGUCAAAGGGUGACGAAUACGUCCUCCCGUUCGCUAUCUUGUAGCGGAUCAGUGGGCCAAAUAGACCAAGAACCAUACAGUGGAUUGUACUUAAGUAUCUUUCUGAUAGCUCAACUUCUACAUGGGGCUGGCUCCGCUCCUUUUUAUACGCUUGGCGUUACGUAUCUAGAUGAGAAUGUGUCGAAAAAGAUGUCCUCCGUGUACGUAGGAAUUUUCUACACAAUGGCCAUAAUAGGGCCUGCGUUAGGAUACGUGGUUGGAGGUGAAUUGUUGAAGCUCUAUACAGACUUUAUCACCGUGGAUCCAUCAAAGAUUGGCUUAACACCAAACAGCAACGUAUGGGUGGGAGCAUGGUGGAUAGGUUUCCUAGCGGCUGCAGUUUUAUGUUUCAUAAUCGCUAUACCCAUCUUAGCGUUUCCAGCAGCUUUGCCUGGUUCAGAGAAAUUGGCUAAAGAGAGGGUGUCAGAGGCGCACCAAAGGAGCACCAGGAAGCAAUCGUCCUCGAGCGAUCGAGGAGAGGCAUUCUCGAAAAUACGAGAACUGCCUCGCGCCCUGACCGAUCUACUCGGCAAUCCUGGCUUUUUCAUGUUAAAUCUGGCAGGUGCCAGUGAAGGAUUGCUUAUCGCCGGUUUCGCCGCUUUCCUCCCCAAGCUGAUCGAAAAUCAAUUCAACGUCAGCGCUAGUUCCGCCGCGUUACUAAUGGGUUUGGUGACUGUACCCGCAGGCGGUGGAGGCACCUUCCUCGGGGGUUACCUCAUAAAGCGUUUUAAUUUGCCCUGUUCGGGCAUUUUAAAGUUCUGUCUACUGGCAACCGCGUCCUGCAUCGCUUUCACUUUGUGCUUCGUUCUGAAUUGUCCGAAUUUAAACUUCGCAGGAGUCACUAUACCUUAUUCGAACCAGACCAAAAAAACAUUUUCAUUGGAUAACACGUGCAAUAAUGGCUGCGGCUGCUCGAGAUCAGAGUUCAGUCCAAUAUGCGGAGUUGAUGGAAUCACGUACUAUUCCCCUUGUCAUGCAGGAUGUUAUCAAGGAAUGCGACUAAAUAACGUCGAAAUAUAUACAGACUGCACGUGUAUAAGAGCACCACCAAUGAAUCUAACUACUGCAGAUAGUGUGAUUAGUUACGAGGCAAUAAACACUACUUGCAGCACAUCAUGCUCUUAUCUAUGGCCUUUUAUCGCUCUAGCAUUUUGCAACAUGUUUAUAACCUUUCUUUGCACAAUGCCUGCACUUUCUGCGACACUUCGUGUCGUUCGAGACGAUCAAAGAUCGUUUGCCUUAGGUAUACAAUGGAUCAAAGUUAGAAUUCUAGGCACAAUACCAGCACCUAUGGUGUUCGGUGCUCUUAUAGAUGAAACAUGCAUUUUAUGGAACAAAACUUGUGACGGCGAAGGAUCCUGCCUCGUUUAUGAUAACUUAUAUAUGAGCAGAUAUAUGCUAGCAUUAGCUUUCAUCGGCAAAGCAGCAUCCCUUCUUUUCUUUUUCCUGGCUUGGUGGACUUAUAUUCCUCCAGGAAGUAGAAGAGUUGCACAAAAUUCGCGGGAAGAGCCCACAACGACAUUUGUGUUAAACGACACUCAGCACGAACCGCCAAUCACACCAGCAACAAUAAAUCCUAUAAUUGAUCCGUAAAGAAAAA